AUGUCGGCUGUGCCGGACGAGCGGCAUGGCUUCCUGGAGAGCUUCACCACACUGCUGCUGCGGGUCCGGCCGGACAAGUGGAGCAAGUUUGUGGGCAGCGAGGAGGCCGCGGCCGUGCUGGACGAGUUCUUCAAGCAGCAGGACGUGCUGGAGCUGGUGCUGGGGCUGAACCCCGCUGGGCAGCUCCUGCCGACCGCCUGCUUCCCACCCACCCUCAGGGGCAAGGGCGUCUACUUCGUGAAGAAGAAGAGGGAGAACAUCACCCGGGAGAACUGCCAGAGCGGGCUGCUGGUGGGAGACAUCGGCCCCUCGCCCGUGGAGCAGCUCAUCACCGUGGUGGAGGAGGUCAUGUCCCCCCUGCUCCUGAGUGAGGAGAACGUGGCGGGCUGGCCUGGGGUGGUGGUAGAGGACAUCGUGCGACAAGCCCACCGGCUGAAGAACGAGAUGUUCGUGAUGGGCGGGAAGAUCCAGGGGAAGCUGCUGCUCCCGCUGCCGGAGCACCUGGAUGGCCAGGAUGGCUCCAGCACCCUCCUGGACUGCCUGGUGGGGCCCGUGGACAUUUCGGUGCUGCACACCAUCGAGACCAUCGUCAUCGAGUGGUCCCACCAGAUCAGAGACAUCCUGAGCAAGGACUCGGCGCAGCCGCUGCUGGAGGGGCUGCACCCCCUGCCCAGGACCGAGUUCGAGUUCUGGCACACCAGGACGGUCAACCUGCAGUGCAUCAACGACCAGCUGCUCUCGCCCCGGGUGACGGCACUGGCCGAGAUGCUGGAGAAGGCCAACAGCUGCUACUGGCCCGCUCUCCAGAGCAUGUUCAGGGACAUCAAUGCUGGCCUGGAGGAAGCCAAGGACGUCAGCCUCCACCUGCAACCGCUUCGGAUCCUGCUGGAAGAGAUGGAGCAAGCGGAUUACUCCCAGCUGCAGCCCUACGUGGACAGGGCGCUGUGCACCGUCCGCCUCCUCCGGGCUCACUGCCAGCACUACAGCUCGCCCGCCCGCAUCAUCGUCGUCCUGCAGGAGAUCUGCAACCUCCUCAUUGAGAUGACACGUAACUUCCUGAGCCCCGAGGACGUGAUGAAGGGGCUGCAAGGAGAAACCGAAGAGGCCUUAGGGGGAAUCAGACUGAGCAUUUCCACCAUAGAGAAGCUCUUCCAGUCCUACAGCACUUACUGCUCCAACCUGACGCCCACGUUGUUCCCGGAGGAGCCGCAGCUCUGGGAGUUCCCCCCCUCCCUGGUCUUCAGGAGAAUGGACUCCUUCUUGCACAGGCUCAAGACCAUCGAGAGGAUGGUUUGUGCUCACCAGGAGCUGUACCAGACAGCUGUCGAGUUUCUGAAGCUGGAGAAGGCAGAGCUGGGAGGAGUGAGAGGAAACAUCCUCGGGAGCCAAGUGUUUCAGAUCUGCGAGGAGGUCUCUGAACUCAUCAAGAGUUUUGCUGAUUGCAAAUAUGAUCCCUUAGAUCCUGCAGAAGAGCAAUUGAACAAAGACUUUGCAGAGUUCCAGAAGAAGAUUCAGGACGUGGACAGGCGGCUGGCCACCAUCUUCUGCCAAGGCUUUGAUGACUGCAACUGCCUGGCAUCCGCUGUGAAGUUGGUGCACAUGUUUGCCUCCCUGCUGGAGCGACCUUUGAUAAAGGCUGAGGUUUCCCCUUAUUACUCAGCCCUGCUGGGAAUGUUUAAGGCCGAGCUGGAGAACGUGAAGGUGCUGUAUGACGCCCAGACCGCUUCCCCGCCGCCGUGCAGGGGGGCCCCGGCCAUGAACAAAAACAUGCCGCCGGUGGCCGGGCAGCUGAAGUGGGCUCUGGAGCUGCAGCAGCGGCUGGAGGGACCACACAGAGACUUGUUCGCCAUCAACCACCCGGUGAUGGUCAGCGCUGAAGCUAAACUGGUGUCCGGGAAGUACGAAGAAAUGAUGGGACUGCUGCAAGGUUACCGCAAGGAGGUCUACGAGGAGUGGGUGCGCGGAGCCGGCCAGGACUGCCACUUCAGCCUGGAGCAGCCCUUGAUCCUGAGGGACCCCGGCCCUUCCCUCCUCAGCGUGAACUUCAGCAAAGAGCUUGUCGCCGUUCUGCGGGAGGUGAAGUACUUGAACUUCCAGCAGCAGAAGGAUAUCCCGGGCAGUGCUGAGAGCCUCUUUGCUCAAAAUGAGACUUUCCAAAAGUUUGUGGACAACCUGGAUCUUAUCGUUGGCUGGUACAAUGAGGUGAAGCGGAGGCUGCUGCCAGUGGAGCUCCCACUGGUGACGGGGGAGCUGGAGGCCGUGGACGGCCAGCUGGCCAGCGCGGAGCACACCCUGUUUUGGCACCACGAAGGCGUCAUGGAGUACAUCCGAGAGAUGAGAGAGAUCUUGUACGACUUGCAGACCAGGGUCCAGAAAGCAAAGUUAAACAUGGAAAAUAUCGCCCAGCUGAUGGAGGAGUGCUCAGCCGCUCCCUUGUUUGAAAGGAAAGACAACAAGGAAGCAGCGCUCUUGGACCUGGACGGGAAAGCAAGCACCUUAACCAAGCGCUGUGCUGCCAUUAGGGAUGCAGGCGUGAAGAUCCAGGAGAUGGUGGAGGAGAAUGCAGAUCUGUUUAAGGCUGACAAGUCAUCGCAGAUAUGGCUGGACUACGUGGGAUACAUAGACGGAGUCGUGCUGGACGGACUCUUCCGACUUGUCCGCAAAUCUCUGCAGCUGCUGCUCACCAACAUGGCCCCUGACGCCGACGUGGCCCCUUUGUUCGAGGUGCGCAUGGAGCUGUGCGACGGCAGAGUGCGGUACCGUCCCUCGCUGGAGGCAGGAGAUGACAACAGCUUCUUGGAGCUGGUGGAGAGCCUGCUCAGCGAUACCUACGCGUCCACGGCGUGCAUGCCUCGGCUGCUGGAGGGGAAGCUGAGCUACAAGACCACGCUGGAGGAGCAGCCGGAUCUCAGCAGGAUGCGGGAGGAGGUGGUGUCGCUGGUGGUCAGCGCCAUGACAGAAGGCGAGGAGUACAGCGCCGGCUUCGAGGAGCAAGCUCACCUGUGGCUGGAGGACCCCGGGGAGUUCCUGCAGCGCUUCCUCACCUUGGGCAGUGGCCCCGGCCCCGAGGAGCUGGAGCCGUGGCCAGAGGAGCCCCCAACUCAUGGGACCCCGUCCCUCCAGCUCUUUCAGCAGGAGAUUGACGCAUGCGAGGCGCUGUGCGAGGAGGUGUUGGGGUUCGCGAACACCGAGGUGUUUGGGGGGUGGCUGCAGAGCGACUGCCGCCCCUUCAAGCAGGCGCUGCUGGGUGCCAUCGGGCGCCGGGGCCUGGCACUCCGGCAGCACCUCGUCAGCCACGUCACCACCAGUCUCCAGGAGCUGGAGGAUUUCAUCCAAGAGGUGAACGCUGGCUUGAGUAAACCUCUGGAGGAGGGAGACUAUGACGGGCUGGUGGAGGUGAUGGGGCACCUGAUGAAGGUCAAGGAGAGGCAGGCGGUGACCGACAGCAUGUUUGAGCCCCUGAAGGAGACGGUUGCCCUGCUCAGCACUUACGGAGAGGAGAUGCCAGAGGACAUCCACCUGCAGCUCCACGACCUCCCCGAGCGCUGGGACGGCACCAAGAAGCUCUGCCUGCGCGUCAAGCAGAGUGCAGCACCCCUGCAAGCCAACGAGGUCAACAUCAUCCGCAGAAAGUGCCAGCAGUUCGAGGUCCGGCAGCACACCUUCUGGGAGAGGUUCCGGGAAAAAGCCCCUUUUUCGUACACUGACCCAGACCCCUACAAGUCCUUGAACAAGCAACAGAAGAGCAUCGCCGCCAUGGAGAACGACAUGGCAGCCCUGUCCAAGUCAGCCGGGCUGUUCGAAGUGUCAGUCCCAGAAUAUAAACAGCUCAAAGCAUGCCACAGGGAGGUGCGCUUGCUGAAGGAGCUCUGGGACAUGAUCGUCCUGGUUAACACGAACAUUGACGACUGGAAGACGACCAGGUGGAAGGAUAUCAAUGUUGAGCAGAUGGAUAUCGAUUGUAAGAAAUUUGCUAAAGACAUUCGGAGCUUGGAUAAGGAGAUGAGAAGCUGGGAUGCGUUCACAGGGCUGGACAACAGCGUGAAGAACAUGAUAACAUCCCUGCGCGCUGUGAACGAGCUGCAGAACCCAGCCAUCAGGGACCGGCACUGGCAGGAGCUCAUGCAGGCAACCAAGGUGAACUUCACCAUGUCCAAGGACACAACCCUCGCAGAUCUGCUGCAGCUGAACCUGCACAAGUUUGAGGAUGAGGUUCGUGGCAUCGUGGACAAAGCCAUGAAAGAGUCGGGGAUGGAAAAGGUGCUGAAUGCCCUGGACACUACCUGGGCGACGAUGCGGUUCGAGCAUGAGCCCCACACCAGGACUGGCAUCAUGCUGCUCAAGUCGGAUGAGGUGCUCAUCGAGACGCUGGAGGACAACCAAGUGCAGCUGCAGAACCUGAUGACCUCCAAGUACCUAGCCUUCUUCCUUCAGGAGGUGUCAGCCUGGCAGCAGAAGCUGUCGACCACUGACUCCGUUAUCAGCAUCUGGUUUGAGGUGCAGAGGACGUGGAGUCACCUGGAAAGCAUCUUCAUCGGCUCCGAAGACAUCCGCAGUCAACUGCCGGAGGACUCGAAGCAUUUUGACGCUAUCGAUCGAGAUUUCAAAGAGCUAAUGGCCGAUGCGGUAAAAACUCCCAAUGUGAUUGAAGCUACAAACAAGCCUGGUCUCUACAACAAGCUAGAAGCGUUGCAGAAAAGAUUGGUGCUCUGUGAGAAGGCUUUGGCUGAAUACCUCGAGACCAAAAGACUAGCUUUUCCCAGAUUCUACUUUGUUUCCUCUGCAGACCUGCUUGAUAUUUUAUCUAAUGGGAAUGAGCCAGUUGAGGUGUCCCGUCAUCUGCCGAAGCUGUUCGACAGUCUGGCUAAACUGAAGUUCAAGAUGAGUCGGGACAAAAAGCCCCUGAAGGUUGGCCUGGGGAUGUUCAGUAGGGAUGAGGAGUACGUGCCCCUCGAUGCAGACUGUGACUUGUCUGGCCAGGUCGAGGUUUGGCUGAACCGAGUGCUGGCGAGCAUGCGCUCCACCCUGCGGCGCCUGAUCCCCGAAGCCGUGGUGACCUACGAGGAGAAGCCGCGGGAGCAGUGGGUGUUCGACUACCCGGCACAGGUUGCUCUGACGUGCACCCAGAUCUGGUGGACCACAGAAGUCGGCAUUGCCUUUUCGAGGCUGGAGGAAGGCUAUGAGAACGCAAUGAGGGAUUACAACAAAAAGCAGAUUACUCAGCUAAAUGCACUAAUUUCACUACUCAUUGGAAACCUAACUGCUGGAGACAGGAUGAAGAUCAUGACAAUCUGUACCAUUGAUGUCCACGCCAGGGAUGUUGUGGCCAAAAUGAUCCUUGCGAAGGUGGAGAGUGCCCAGGCGUUCACCUGGCAGUCCCAGCUCCGGCACCGCUGGGAUGAGGGGAGGAGGCACUGCUACGCCAACAUCUGCGACGCUCAGCUCCAGUACUCCUACGAGUACCUGGGGAACACCCCCCGGCUGGUCAUCACCCCCCUGACAGAUCGGUGCUACAUCACCCUGACGCAGUCCCUCCACCUCUUCAUGGGGGGGGCCCCCGCCGGCCCUGCGGGCACUGGGAAGACGGAGACCACCAAGGACUUGGGCCGGGCAGUGGGCAUGAUGGUCUACGUCUUCAACUGCUCCGAGCAGAUGGACUACAAGUCCUGCGGCAAUAUCUACAAGGGGCUUGCUCAGACCGGCGCCUGGGGCUGUUUCGACGAAUUCAAUCGCAUUUCAGUGGAGGUUUUGUCCGUGAUUGCUGUGCAGGUGAAAUGUGUUCAAGAUGCAAUUCGCACCAAGAAGAAAACAUUCAAUUUCCUUGGAGAGACGAUCGCUCUGAUCCCGUCGGUUGGGCUGUUCAUUACCAUGAACCCUGGCUACGCCGGACGGACAGAACUGCCUGAAAAUUUAAAAGCUCUGUUCAGACCCUGUGCCAUGGUGGUCCCUGAUUUUGAACUGAUCUGUGAAAUCAUGCUUGUUGCAGAAGGUUUUAUUGAUGCUAAGCUUCUAGCAAGAAAGUUCAUUACUCUGUAUACACUCUGCAAAGAGCUACUGUCUAAACAGGACCACUAUGACUGGGGUCUGCGGGCUAUCAAGUCCGUGCUGGUGGUAGCAGGCUCCUUGAAGAGAGGGGACCCCAGCCGUGCCGAGGACCAAGUUCUGAUGAGAGCUUUACGAGACUUCAACACCCCCAAAAUUGUGACAGAUGACUUGCCCAUCUUCAUGGGGCUGAUUGGAGACCUGUUCCCAACCCUGGAUGUCCCCAGGAAGAGGGACCUCAACUUUGAGAAGAUCAUUAAGCAGUCCAUGCUGGAGCUGAAGCUGCAGGCGGAGGAGAGCUUCGUGCUGAAGGUGGUGCAGCUGGAGGAGCUGCUCCAAGUGAGACACUCCGUAUUUGUCAUCGGCAACGCCGGCUGUGGCAAGUCCCAGGUGCUGAGGUCGCUCAACAAGACGUACCAGAACAUGAAGCGGAAGCCAGUCACUGUGGACCUCGACCCAAAGGCUGUGACCUGCGAUGAGCUGUUCGGGGUUAUUCAUCCAUCCACGCGAGAGUGGAAGGACGGUCUGUUUUCUUCAACGAUGCGUGACCUGGCCAACAUCACACAUAAGGGGCCCAAGUGGAUCAUCCUCGAUGGAGACAUUGACCCCAUGUGGAUCGAGUCCCUGAACACGGUCAUGGAUGACAAUAAGGUUCUCACCUUGGCCAGCAACGAGCGCAUCCCCCUCAACCCCACCAUGCGGCUCCUCUUCGAGAUCAGCCACCUGCGGACCGCCACGCCAGCGACCGUGUCCCGGGCGGGAAUCCUCUACAUCAACCCCACGGACCUGGGCUGGAACCCCAUUGUGACCAGCUGGAUCGAGACGAGGGCGGUGCAGUCCGAGAAGGCCAAUUUGAUGAUCCUCUUUGACAAGUACCUGCCGGUGUGCCUAGAGAAGCUCAAGUCUGGAUUCAAGAAGAUCACCCCCAUCCCGGAGGUCACGGUGAUACAGACGGUGCUGUACCUGCUGGAGUGCCUCCUGACGCCGCAGACUGCCCCGCCAGACUCGCCCCGGGAGCUCUAUGAGCUCUACUUCGUGUUCGCUUGCUCCUGGGCCUUCGGAGGGGCCAUGUUCCAGGACCAGCUCGUGGAUUACCGCCUGGAGUUCAGCAAGUGGUGGGUGAACGAGUUUAAAACCAUCAAGUUUCCUUCUCAGGGGACAAUUUUUGACUAUUACAUUGAUCCGGAAACGAAGAAAUUCAUGCUCUGGACUGAAAAAGUGCCAAAAUUCGAACUCGACCCCGAAGUCCCUUUACAGGCCUCCAUGGUGCACACGACAGAGACCAUUCGCAUUCGCUACUUCAUGGACCUGCUGAUGGAGAAGCGGAAGCCGGUGAUGCUGGUGGGGAACGCGGGGACGGGAAAAUCGGUCCUGAUGCGGGACAAGCUUGAAGCGCUCAGCGCAGAUGAAUACCUCGUGCAAUCCGUGCCCUUUAACUUCUACACCACCUCGGCCAUGCUGCAGGCUGUCCUUGAGAAGCCCCUGGAGAAGAAAUCAGGGAGAAACUACGGCCCGCCCGGGACCAGGAGGCUUAUCUACUUCAUCGACGACAUGAACAUGCCGGAGGUGGACAAGUACGGCACUGUGGCACCGCACACGCUCAUCCGGCAGCACAUGGACCACGGGCACUGGUACGACAGGAACAAACUGACCCUGAAAGACAUUCACAACUGCCAGUACCUGGCCUGCAUGAACCCAACCGCAGGGUCCUUCACCAUCGACUCCAGGCUGCAGCGCCACUUCUGCGUCUUCGCCAUGAGCUUUCCUGGCCAGGAGGCUCUGCUGACCGUGUACAGCACCAUCCUCACGCAGCACCUCGCCCGGCAGAGGAUGCCGCAGGCUGUCCAGAAGCUGCAGCCCCAGCUGGUAGCAGCAGCACUGGCCCUCCACCAGAAGGUCGCCUCCACCUUCUUGCCAACAGCCAUCAAGUUCCACUACCUCUUCAACCUCCGGGACCUCUCCAACAUAUUCCAGGGUCUGUUGUUCUCCACCCCUGAAUGCCUGAAAAGUCCCGUGGACUUGGUGCGUCUCUGGCUCCACGAAGCUGAGAGGGUGUACGGAGACAAGCUCGUCGAUGAAAGGGAUCAAAAAGGCUUCGGGAAGAUGCUGGUGGACACCUGCAAGAAGUUCUUUGAUGAUCUCAGCGAAGACCUGGUGUUCGCCAAGCCCAACAUCUACUGCCACUUUGCCCAGGGCAUGGGGGAGCCCAAGUACCUGCCGGUGCCGAGCUGGCCGGCUCUGAACAAGCUGCUGGGGGAAGCCCUGGACAACUACAACGAGGUGAACGCGGCGAUGAGCCUGGUGCUCUUUGAAGACGCAGUGUCUCAUAUUUGCAGAAUUAGUCGGAUCUUAGAAUCUCCCCGGGGCAACGCGCUGCUGGUGGGGGUAGGAGGCAGUGGGAAACAGAGUCUGGCGCGGCUGGCAGCAUACAUCAGCAGUCUGGAAGUGUUUCAGAUUACGCUGAGGAAAGGCUAUGGCAUCCCGGACCUGAAGCUGGACCUCGCCUCCCAGUACAUCAAGGCAGCCGUGAAGAACAUCCCCACCGUGUUCCUGAUGACGGACUCCCAGGUUGCUGAAGAACCGUUCCUGGUCCUAAUCAAUGAUUUCUUGGCAUCCGGGGAGGUGCCGGGGCUCUUCCAGGAUGAUGACCUGGAAAACAUUACCAGUGCCAUGAGGCCCCAAGUGAAGUUCCUUGGAUUGCAAGAUACAAGGGAAAACUGCUGGAAAUUAUUUAUAGAAAAAGUCAGGCGUCAGUUAAAGGUCAUCCUCUGCUUCUCCCCCGUGGGCUCAACCCUGCGGGUGCGGGCGAGGAGGUUCCCUGCCGUGGUCAACUGCACGGCCAUCGACUGGUUCCACGAGUGGCCGGAGGAUGCGCUCGUGUCCGUCAGCAGCAGGUUCCUGGAGGAAACAGGGGACAUCAAGCCUGAGGUCAAGGUCUCCAUCAGCCAGUUCAUGUCCUACGUCCACACGAGUGUUAAGGAGAUGUCCAAGACCUACCUGGCCAUGGAGAGACGCUAUAAUUACACCACGCCAAAGACCUUCCUGGAGCAGAUAAAGCUCUACCAAAACCUGCUGUCGAAAAAAAGGAGUGAGCUCACUGCCAAGAUCGAGAGGCUGGAGAAGGGGCUGACGAAGCUGCAGAGCACAGCGUCACAGGUGGACGACCUGAAAGCCAAGCUGGCGGUCCAGGAGGCAGAGCUGAAGCAGAAGAACGAGGGUGCGGAUAAACUGAUCCACGUGGUGGGUGUCGAGACAGAGAAGGUCAGCAAGGAGAAAGCCAUCGCUGAUGAGGAGGAGCUGAAGGUCCAGGCCAUCAACACGAACGUGGCCGAGAAGCAGCAAGCCUGCGAGACCGACCUGGCAAAAGCGGAGCCAGCGCUCGUAGCUGCCCAGGAGGCCCUCAACACGCUCAACAAGAAUAACCUGACAGAGCUGAAGUCCUUUGGGUCCCCGCCCCAAGCGGUGGUGAACGUGACGGCAGCUGUGAUGGUUCUGACGGCCCCCAGGGGCAAUAUACCGAAGGACAGGAGCUGGAAGGCAGCAAAAGUCAUGAUGGGAAAAGUAGACACUUUCCUUGACACGUUAAAGAAGUUUGACAAGGAGCACAUCCCUGAGGCCUGUCUCAAGGCAUUUCAGCCCUACCAGUCAGACCCCAGUUUUGAUCCGGAGUUCAUAAUGUCGAAGUCAACAGCCGCCGCGGGUCUGUGCUCCUGGUGCCUAAAUAUUGUUCGCUUCUACGAGGUGUUCUGUGAGGUGGAGCCCAAGAGGCAGGCGCUGGAGGAGGCCAAUGCCGAGCUGGCAGAGGCACAAGAAAAACUCAGUCGCAUUAAGAACAAAAUUGCCGACCUGAAUGCCAAUUUGGCAGCUCUCACUGCAGAAUUUGAGAAAGCUACAGCUGAAAAAAUCAAAUGUCAGCAGGAGGCUGAUGCAACCAACAGAGUCAUCACGCUGGCAAACAGGCUCAUCGGGGGCCUGGCAUCCGAAAACGUCCGCUGGGCUGAGUCAGUGGAGAUGCUCAGAGAGCAGGAGAAGACGCUGUGCGGAGACGUGCUGCUGGUCUCCGCCUUCGUGUCCUACGUCGGCUACUUCACCAAGAAGUACAGGGCCGAGCUACUGGAGAAGCACUGGAUCCCCUUCCUCAGCAGGCUGGCGGUGCCCAUCCCCAUCACCCCAGGGCUGGACCCCCUCAGCCUCCUCACCGACGCCGCUGACGUGGCUGCCUGGAGCAACCAGGGGCUGCCCAGUGACCGCACGUCCACCGAGAACGCCACCAUCCUCUGCAACACACAGCGGUGGCCCCUGCUCGUGGAUGCCCAGCUCCAGGGCAUCAAGUGGAUCAAGAACAAAUACGGGGAGGCACUGCGGGCCAUCCGCCUGGGCCAGAGGAGCUAUCUGGACACCAUCGAGCAGGCGGUUUCCGAAGGACAGAUGCUGCUGAUCGAGGACGUCGGUGAGACGGUGGAGCCGGUGCUGGACCACCUGCUGGGGAGGAACACCACCAAGAAGGGCAGAUACAUUAGGAUAGGAGAUAAAGAAGUGGAAUAUCACCCGCGCUUCCGCCUGAUUCUGCACACCAAAUAUUCCAACCCUCACUACAAGCCAGAGGUGCAGGCUCAGUGCACCCUCAUCAACUUCUUGGUGACCCGGGAGGGACUGGAGGACCAGCUCCUGGCUGCUGUGGUGGCCAAAGAGCGGCCGGACCUGGAGACCCUGAAGGCAAACCUCACGAAGAGCCAGAAUGAGUUCAAGAUCAAGCUGAAGGAGCUGGAGGACUCCCUGCUCGCCCGGCUGUCUGCUGCUGCGGGGCAGUUCCUGGGGGACAUGGCGCUGGUGGAGAACCUGGAAACAACAAAGCGCACAGCCAUGGAAAUAGAGGAAAAAGUGAAAGAAGCUAAAGUCACCGAAGUCCAAAUAAAUGUCGCUAGAGAAAACUACAGGCCAGCGGCAGAGCGAGCAUCCCUGCUGUACUUCAUCCUGAGUGACCUCAACAAGAUCAACCCCAUCUACCAGUUCUCUCUCAAGGCAUUCAAUGGGGUCUUCGAGAAAGCCAUUCAGCGCACGGCCCCCGACGACGACAUCAAGCAAAGGGUGAUCAACCUGACGGAUGAGAUAACCUACUCGGUCUAUAUGUACACUGCACGGGGACUCUUUGAGAGAGACAAACUCAUUUUCCUGGCCCAGGUUGCCUUCCAGGUCCUGGCAAUCAAGAAAGAAGUGAACCCGGCAGAGCUGGACUUUCUUCUGCGCUUCCCUUCCAAAGCCGGCGUCGCAUCCCCCGUGGACUUCCUGCAGCCCCAGGGCUGGGGUGGCAUCAAGGUGCUCUCGGAAAUGGAAGCGUUCAAGAACUUGGACAGCGACAUCGAGGGCUCGGCAAAGCGAUGGAAAAAGUUUGUGGAGUCCGAGGUGCCGGAGAAGGAGGUGUUCCCCAAGGAGUGGAAGAAUAAGUCAGCCCUGCAGAAGCUGUGCAUGCUGCGAUGCAUGCGGCCGGACAGGAUGACCUACGCCAUCAGGAACUUUGUGGAAGAGAAGAUGGGGAGCAAGUUUGUGGAAGGAAGGAGCGUUGAGCUCUCCAAGGCGUACAAGGAGAGCAGCCCCUCCACGCCCCUGUUCUUCAUUCUCUCCCCUGGCGUCGACCCGCUGAAAGACGUGGAGGCCCUGGGCAGAAAGCUGAACUUCACCAUCGACAACGGGAGGAUCCACAACGUGUCGCUGGGGCAGGGCCAGGAGGCCGUGGCAGAACAGGCCCUGGAGGUGGCGGCCGUGCAGGGACACUGGGUCAUCCUGCAGAACAUCCACCUGGUGGCCCGGUGGCUGGGCACGCUGGAGAAGAUGGUGGAGCAGUACAGCCUGGGCAGCCACGCUGACUACCGGGUGUUCAUGAGUGCCGAGCCAGCCCCCAGCCCCGAGGCACACAUCAUCCCGCAGGGACUGCUGGAAAACGCCAUCAAAAUCACCAACGAGCCGCCAACGGGCAUGUAUGCCAACCUGCACAAAGCCCUCGACCUCUUCACCCAGGACACGUUAGAGAUGUGCAGCAAAGAAAUCGAGUUCAAAUGCGUCUUGUUUGCACUCUGUUACUUCCACGCGGUGGUGGCCGAGCGGCGCAAGUUUGGCGCUCAGGGCUGGAACAGAUCUUACCCCUUCAACAACGGUGACCUGACCAUAUCAAUUAACGUCCUGUACAACUACUUGGAGGCGAACCCCAAGGUACCGUGGGAUGAUCUCCGGUACCUCUUUGGUGAAAUCAUGUACGGGGGGCAUAUCACAGACGACUGGGACCGCCGGCUGUGUCGGACUUACCUGAGUGAAUACAUCCGUGAGGAGAUGCUGGAAGGGGAAGUGCACUUAGCUCCAGGGUUUUUGAUCCCUCCCAGCUUGGAUUACAAGGGUUACCACGAGUACAUCGAUGACAAUCUGCCACCGGAGAGCCCCUACUUGUACGGCCUGCACCCCAACGCAGAAAUUGGCUUCCUGACUGUCACUUCAGACAGGCUUUUCCGGACAGUUUUGGAAAUGCAGCCCAAAGAAUCAGACGCUGGAGGAAGCGCAGGUGUCUCCCGAGAGGAAAAGGUGAAGUCAGUCCUAGACGAGAUUAUUGAGAGGCUGCCGGAGCCAUUCAACAUGGUGGAGAUCACGGCAAAAGCGGUGGACAAGACCCCGUAUGUUGUAGUUGCCUUCCAGGAAUGUGAAAGAAUGAACAUCUUGACCCAUGAAAUCAGGCGCUCUUUGAAAGAGUUAGACUUGGGACUAAAGGGAGAGCUAACGAUUACAUCAGAUAUGGAAGAGCUGGCAAACGCUCUCUUCUACGACAACGUUCCUGAAUCCUGGACACGUUACGCCUAUCCCUCUCUUCUCAGCUUAGGAGCCUGGUAUGCAGACCUGCUCCUUCGGAUUAGGGAACUGGAAGUCUGGACAACAGACUUUGUGCUGCCUGCAACAGUGUGGCUGGCAGGAUUCUUCAAUCCCCAGUCCUUCCUCACUGCUAUCAUGCAGUCCACAGCCAGAAAGAACGAAUGGCCACUGGACAAGAUGUGUCUUUCAGUGGAAGUGACUAAGAAAAACCGCGAGGAUAUAACAGCUCCACCCAGAGAAGGCUCCUACGUGCAUGGAUUAUUCAUGGAAGGUGCUCGAUGGGACAUCCCUUCUGGUGUGAUCGCAGACGCUCGACUGAAGGAGUUGACGCCCACGAUGCCAGUCAUCUUCAUCAGAGCCAUCCCUGUGGACCGCAUGGACACCAAGAACGUCUAUGAAUGUCCUGUCUAUAAGACACGGAUGCGAGGUCCCACCUAUGUCUGGACCUUUAACCUAAAGACAAAAGAAAAAGCCGCUAAGUGGAUCCUUGCCGCUGUUGCUCUGCUCCUACAGAUCUAAACUUGAAUGACUAUGGAAAACAGCAAAUGCUUUUACUUGCAAAAAACCUCAAAGUUGUGUAACUUAAUCUAAGUUUGAUUGUACCAGAACUAUUUUAGCAA